UACUUUAUAUAUAUUCUUACUUGUCUAUUCUCAUUAUUUUGAUUAUUUUAUUCCUUUCACUUGCAUUUGUGGUGGUUAAGAGAGCCAUGGAUACCGAGUUUCUCAGAACACUAGAUCCUCAGCUUCUCUUGGGUGUCUUCAUCGCUCUCGUCGCCGUCGGUGCCGGAGCUGCUUACUAUCUUUCCUCCAGGAAACGCAGAGGGUGUUUGGAUCCAGAGAAGUUCAAGGAGUUUAAGCUUGUUAAGAAGCAACAACUUAGCCACAAUGUGGCUAAGUUCGUUUUUGAGCUUCCAACUCCUACCUCCUUCUUGGGUCUUCCCAUUGGUCAACACAUCAGUUGCAGGGGAAAGGAUGCUCAAGGAGAGGAAGUUAUUAAGCCUUACACUCCAACAACGUUAGAUUCUGACCUUGGACGUUUUGAACUUGUUAUUAAGAUGUAUCCGCAAGGAAGGAUGUCUCAUCAUUUCAGGGAGAUGCGUGUUGGAGACCAUCUUGCUGUUAAGGGACCUAAGGGAAGGUUCAAGUAUCAGCCAGGUCAGUUUAGGGCAUUUGGAAUGCUUGCUGGAGGUUCAGGCAUUACUCCCAUGUUCCAAGUUGCUAGAGCGAUUCUUGAAAACCCAAAAGACAAGACAAAGGUGCACCUCAUUUAUGCUAAUGUCACAUACGAUGACAUUCUCUUAAAGGAAGAGUUGGAGAGUCUUACCGCCAAUUACCCAGACCAAUUCAAAAUCUACUAUGUUUUGAACCAGCCUCCGGAAGUAUGGGAUGGUGGUGUAGGGUUUGUAACCAAGGAAAUGAUUCAGGCUCAUUGCCCUGCACCUGCAUCCGAUAUUCAGAUCCUAAGAUGUGGACCACCGCCCAUGAACAAGGCCAUGGCUGCAAACCUUGAUGCUCUUGGUUACUCUCCAGAGAUGCAGUUCCAGUUCUGAUCUAAACCUCUGCUUUUUUUUUUUGUCUGCUCCGAACUAUUUAAAACCCCAUUUUUCUGAUCAAUAACUUUUGUUGUUUGAGUGAGAGUUGUGUGAUGUUGUAAGCUUGAUAAACCCCCUGGUCCAUUUAUUAUGCUAUUCAAUUAGAAGUUCCGGUUAGGCAUAUGGUUUACUUAUACCGGUUUUGGUUUGGUAUCAUCUCUAAAGACUUGAUAGUGACAUCCACAUGACCUACCCUAUUCUAUUUGUGUUGGUAUGUUGUUGCAAUCAAUUUGAGCGUCUGGCCUACUUAUUACUAUACCAUCAUGAGUCACUUUAGAAAGCAUUAUCUAUAAAAAG